AUGUCUUCGAACCCUUCAAUCCGACUAACCAUCGCCCAAGGCUUGAUCUCCUUCUCGCGCUCCAACACCGCCCUGAAGCACCCACUCCACCCCGUCCUCGGCCACUGCUGGACCACCUCCUCGAUGGUCUCCCAAUUCACCAUCUCCGCAUUACCGCCCACAUUAUCCCAAAACGGUAGCCAGCUGAACCAGCUGCGUCAUCAUGGUCACCUGGCCCUUGUCCUGGAUAUCCUGAUGCCGGAAGAUGGCUUCCAUGACGCUUUUCCGUCUGCUCGACGCGCGCAACCGGCUGGCCCUGCCGCUGUUCCUCCCUCCCUCCGCUGUCGACGUGAGCUCCGGCUGCAGCAGGAUCCGGUGGGUAUGCAUGCCACCCCCCAGAACUAA